AUGGAGAGCGAGGCAGACUUCCAAAACAUGUUAUGUCUUGCCAGGUCUUUUCGGCUAGAUCACAUUGAUGUCGAUAUAAUAGUUUGUGGUGCAUCUUGGGGUGUCAAACGUGGACGUAGUUUAACACAUGGGCACGAUGACACAGGUGGGGAAGGUGGGGAAAUGGUCACAAAUAUUGAUGAGGAGGCUGAUUUGCUACCAAAUUUUUGCCAACACGCUAGAAAGGUAUUAUUGUCGGCGGAUUGGGCGGGUGGCAUAACUCAUAUCGGGCAAUGUUUCGAGGGUGGGCCAGCUGAAUUUCGCAAGGUACUCAGCAAAUACGCCAUCGAAUGUGGGUUUCAAUUUAGGUUCCGAAAGAAUGACUCAAUUUGUAUUACGGCGGAAUGCAUGUUUAGCGACUCAAGGGGGUGUUUGUGGUCCAUCCAUGCAAGGGUGUUGAAUGCGAAUGGAUUUUUUUAUCUGAAGAAGUGGUGUUGCAACCACACGUGUGGGGUUGCUGUGCACACUGACAGAAACCCGAGGAUGGGAUCCGAGCUUGUUGCAGAUGUUAUUGCGGAACAUGUGCAUGACAAACCAUUGACUCGCUCUACCGAUGUCAAAUAUAAUUUCAAAAAAGCAUACGGGUUGCAAAUUAGUUACCAUGUAGCUUGGUUGGUUGUUGAAAAGGCCAAAGGAGAACUUUAUGGUGAUCAUUCCGUGUCAUUUGACCAGUUGCGUUGGUACAGCGAUGCCGUUAUGGAAUAUAACCUCGAAAGUUAUAUUAAUCUUGACUUCGAUGAACACAACACACGUCGUUUUAAUAGGCUGUUCAUAUCAUUCAAAGCAUGCAUGGAUGGGUUUAACCACUGUCGUCCGUUAUUGUUUCUCGAUGUUACUUUUCUAAAAGGUAUAUUUAAAGGCAAGCUGCUUGCGGCUACCAGAAAAGAUGGCAACCAAGGUAAUGUUCUUCAUACUUGUUUUGCAUGA